AUGACUAACGGAGAAAAUUCUGGAAAUGGCAAUGGACCUUUGGUGCCAACUGUGGAUGCUGCCCCCGUUGUACCUGUCUCAGUAUCCCAUGGGGAAAAGCCUGAGAAGUUCAACGAAGAAGGAGAAGUUGGACACGAAGGACCGAAUAACGAACCAGCCAAUGCUGGUGACCGGGAGGGUCAUCGCUCAAAUAUUGUGGUUACCCUACCUGAGCCCUCUUUGCUUGAUUGCCCUAUAUGCUAUGAGCCCUUGACCAUACCUGUCUUCCAGUGUGAUGAAAAUGGUCAUUAUAUUUGUUGCUCCUCUUGCUGCACCAAAAUCAACAACAAAUGCCCCUCUUGUUCCUCCCAUAUAAGAUCCAAUCGUUGUCGGGCCGUCCAGAAAUUUGUGGAAGCAAGUAUAACUCCAUGCCAGAACAUCAAGUACGGCUGCAAAAAUACUUCUGUGACUUGCAAUAAGAAAACUGACCAUGAAACGCCAUGUGUAUGUAUGCCUUGUUCAUGCCCCAAUUUUGGCUGCGAGUUUGUCUCCUCGGCAAAAGAGUUGUACAAACAUUUCAGCAAUGAUCAAGUUGCACCAAAAGAGUUCUUGUGGGAUGAAGAUUUUCUCAGUUUCUCUAUCACAUUAAGCAAGAGAGAGAUAUUUAUUGUUCUUCGAGAUAAGAAUGAUGGGAAAUUAUUUGUUCUUUACAACGAUCGUGCCGCUUUUGGGAAUCUGGUGACUCUUAACUGUUCAGGCAUUCAGCCCAACUUCAUGGAGGGUUUCAACUACUAUCUUGAAGUUAAACACAGGGAGACUAUUCUGAAAUUAAGGUCUGUGACAAAAAAACUCCAAGACGGGAAAAUUAUUACCCUCAUAAUUUAA